UUUUGCAAGUUGUCUACCGUACAAUCGCGGUUUUGAAGCACAGCAUUGAAAACCCUAAGUUAAUCUAACAGAGAUACCACUUACAUCGAAAACAGUCAGCGUUCUGCUCAAUUUUAGUUCUGCAAGUCGGUCAAUGACUCGUGCAGGGUUACUUUGUUUGGUGCUCCUUGCACUGGCGGUCGGGGCUCAAGCCCUCACCCCGUCUCAUCACCUAACAGCGUCUGAUGUGGCACGACUGGAAGCCCGGCUGGCCCAGCCCUUCACAGACCUGCAGUCUGCAUACUUCUCCAUUGUUGGCCUGAGCAAGUUGGGAGUGACUGUAGCGGAUGCAGAUGAAGCGUGCCGAUUUCUGAAGUCAAAUCUGGAUCCAUCAAAUAUUGAAUCUUUAUUCUAUGCUGCUGAGUCUGGUCAAGCACUUGCAGGAUGUGAGAUCCCUGUGUCAAAUGAGACCCGGGAGCUCCUGCUGGCCGCAGUGAGUGAGGACUCCACCGUGGCUCAGAUCUAUCAGGCAGUGGGUGCCCUCAACUCCCUGGGACUCCCUCUUGCCUCCCAGGAAGUGGUCAGUGCUCUCUCUGCCCGUAUCACCAAAGAGGACAAUGUACUUGGAAUCAUCUAUGCCCUCCACACAGCUGCCCGUCUGUCUCAGCAGGCAGAACUGGGCGGGAUCCUGGAGGAGAUUGAGGACCUGGCAGCUCGUCUGGAUGACCUUGGUGGACUUUUCCUGCAAUUUGAAGAAGGCCUGGAGGCCACUGCCUUGUUUGUCAGUGCCGCCUAUGGUCUGUCCGACCAUAUGGAUAUGGAGCCCCCACUUAAAGAGGACCAGGUCAUCCAGCUGGUGAACUCCAUCUUCAGUAAGAAGUCCUGGGACUCUCUGGCCGAGGCCUUCAGUGUGGCCAGUGCCGCUGCCGCCCUCUCCAGCAACCGUUUCCACGUGCCCGUGAUCGUCAGUGCCCAGGGCCCCGCCACCGUGUCCCACAGCCAGCCCACCCUGCAGCUCCUGGUGACGGACGUGCUUUGCCAGCCCCUGGUGUCUGCCAAUGUGGUGGUGGAGAGCGCAAGCGCUGUGGCUUCAAAGAGCGCCAUCUUGAGCCAGACCCCCUUCACUCUGCGAGAUGGUGUCUUUGAGCUGAACUUCAUGGACAGCCAACCGGCCAGCGGUUACUACCAGUUUGCUGUUGCCGUCACUGGAGACAGCAGGCUGAUUGCAAACCAUGUUGAGCUGAAGGUGAAGGUGUCUACAGAGGUAGCCAUCACUAACAUGGACCUCUCUGUGGUGGACAAGGACCAAAGUAUUGGAACCAAGACCACAAGAGUGGACCAUCCCAGCAAGGCGAAGAACUCCUUCAUGGCUGACAGCCACCAGAACUUUGCCAUGUCCUUCCAGCUUGUGGAUGUCAACACAGGGGUUGAACUCACCCCCCAUCAGGUGUUUGUGAGGCUGCACAACCAGAAGACUGGACAGGAGGUGGUGUUUGUGGCUGAGCCAGACACCAAGAACGUGUACAAGUUUGAGCUGGACACAGCCGAGAGGAAGUCUGAGUUCGACUCCAUGUCAGGCACCUAUGCCCUCCACCUGAUGGUGGGAGACGCCACCCUGCAGAACCCAAUCCUCUGGAACGUGGCUGAUGUUGUACUGAAGUUCCUGGAUGAGGAGGCCCCUUCAGCUAUCCAGGCCAAAACCCUGUACGUCCCCAAGCCUGAGAUCAAGCACUUGUUCCGUGAGCCGGAGAAGAGGCCCCCCAACGUGGUGUCCACCACCUUCACUGCCCUGGUGCUCUCGCCAUUCCUGUUACUGCUCAUCCUGUGGUUCAAGCUGGGAGCCAACAUCGCAAACCUCACUCUCUCUCCCAGCACCGUGCUCUUCCAUGUUGGCCAUGCAGCCAUGCUUGGUCUGAUGUAUGUUUACUGGACUCACCUCAACAUGUUCCAGACCCUUAAAUAUCUGGCCAUCGUCGGCAGUCUCACAUUCCUGGCUGGAAACCGCAUGCUGGCCCAAAAAGCAGUCAAAAGACUUGAGGGGAAAUAAUGACGAGAUAUUUCUACAGAAGACAAGAAUCCUUCAGUUUGUGGUUUUAUUUAAAUCUCACUCAGACAGAAGCCUUUUACACUCAUUAGGUGCAAUCAAGACCUCAAGAUGUUUGUGAAGCACUUGCCUCCGUCUGUGCUUGAGUGUAAACUAUGAGCCCAUCAUUUUCAGUUUGGUCCAGUCGUCCAGAAAAUAAAAUGCAGUUUAUAAUUUUCCCAUUUUCUAGUAACUGAAUGCACUGUACAAUGAGAAAUGAGAGUUUCUUGACAAAUGCUUGUGAAUAGACAUGGUUUGACCAUAAUGUUCCCACUAAAGCCUGUAAUAUAAUGUCAGUGUAUGAGUACAUUGUUGAAUUGAAUUUUGUUUUUUAUUGCUUUUCACAUUGGGGAUGGAAAUCUUGAUCUUUUAAAAAAACAAACAUUUGAACAGGUGUCAGGUUGUUAAAAUAUGUUUUUGAAUGUUUUGGACAAGACUUUGUCUGUAAUGGAUGUCAUGUUAUUUUUGAGUGUGUUCAUGUGUCAGUCUGCUGAAUCAGUGGAUUGAUAUUUUUUCCAAUGCUAGAAUGAAGUCUUUGUAUGCUCAGCGUAUCCGUUACACACAGAUAGGAGCCGAAACACUCUAAAUCAGGAGAGCUUAAUCUUGUCCACACACCUCCCUACCACAUGCAAACAUUCAAAAAUGGCAGACAAUGUUUUGUAAUUAAAACAAAAUAAAAGGAUGGGGUGGAAUA